UGGACGCCGCUUGCGCGCCUCAGCCCCUUUGCCGAGGCGGCGCCUGAGGAGCCGCGAAGGGCGCCGCGCGGGAGGUCGAGGGAAGGCGGCCGUUUCGGGUCAUUCAAGAUGUCAGAAGGAACCUCAGGUAACGAUACUGGGAAUCCUGGAGGCAGCAUCCGGCCCAUGCUUAGUGCUGCACGAGGGUUGAUAGGGAGAAGAACCACUGCCCCAAUUACCCCAGGCCGACUGCCCUCCAUUCGCUCCAGAGACCUGACUCUUGGUGGAGUUAAAAAGAAAACCUUUGCUCCCAACAUAAUUAGCAGGAAAAUCAAAGAAGAGCCAAAAGAGGAAAUUAACAUCAAGAAAGAGAAGAAGGAGCGUGAUCGAGACCGGCAGAGAGAUGGUCAUGGACGAGGCAGAGGGAGGCCAGAGGUCAUCCAGUCUCAUUCCAUCUUUGAGCAAGGUCCAGCAGAAAUGAUGAAGAAAAAAGGCACCUGGGAUAAGACUGUGGAUAUGUCUGACUUUGGCCCAUCCCACAUCAUCAACAUAAAGAAAGAGAAAAGGGAGACAGAUGAGGAAACCAAGCAGAUCCUGCGCAUGCUGGAGAAGGAUGAUUUCCUUGAUGACCCAGGCUUGAAAAAUGACAUCCGGAACAAGCCAGUCCAGCUUCCUCUGGCCCAUUCAGGCUGGCUUUUCAAGGAGGAGGAUCAAGAGGAUGUCAAGCCUUUGAGCUCCAGUGCCAGGGAGGAGGACAUGGAAGUAGACACAUCUUCAGUGAAAGUGAAAGAGGAGCCCCAUGAUGAAGAAGAGAACCCACUGGUCCUCAGACCAGCUCCUGCAAAGGCACCCCCUCCCUUCCCCCAGGAUGUGUCUGUUGCGGAGCUGCUGCAGCGGCUCAGCCUCUGCAAGGAGGACGAGUUGCUCUUUCUACAGCUACCAGAUACGCUGCCAGGACAGCCGCCCACCCAGGACACCAAGCCCAUCAAAACUGAGGUGCAAAGUGAAGAUGGGCAGGUGAUGGUGAUAAAGCAGGAGAAGAACCAGGAAGCCAAAGAGGCAGAGAACAUCUGCACCCUUGGUGACCUCUCUGAAGGGCAGGUGGGGAAGCUGCUGAUCCGCAAAUCAGGGAAGGUGCAGCUAGUUCUGGGCAGGGUGACUCUUGAUGUGACCACAGGGACACCCUGCUCCUUCCUUCAGGAGCUGGUGUCAGUGGGCAUUGGAGACAGUAGGAGUGGCGAGAUGAUCAUCCUGGGCCACGUGAAGCACAAGCUGGUCUGUGCCCCAGAUUUUGAAUCCCUGCUGGAACAGAAACAUCGGUAGAGAGCAUGGGCUGUGGCAAAGGCCUGUGGACAGGACUGCUUGCCCUUCCUCGAGGUUCCUUUAGAAGUAACAGUGACUGGGCUGUCCAGAAGAGCCUUGUUCCGAAUCU